CGCGCACAGAAUCGGACACGUGAGCCCUCAGUGCCCUGGGAAGUUCAUGAAGAGCAACAUCUACGACCUUUUCUCCCUAAAUAAUACAGAUCUCAAAACAUGUUCUCCCGGCCUCGCAUGUUCUUCAGGAGGCUGUGGUCAAGUACCGUGGGUUAUCAGAUGCAUGAUUUGGCAAGAAGACACAUUAAUCGUAGAGUCAUUCAGUCACAUGAUGCCAGAAGCAGGUCCCCCUUACCUUUGAGGAUAACAUCAAGAAGACCCUGGAAAGGAAUAGCCUGGUCUGGCCUGGGGUUCACGUGGGCCAAGUGCGAGGGGCUGGUGAUGGAGGACAUAAGCCAAGAUGACACUACGCCUCUCAAACCACUUGAGAUGAAUGAAGCAGCGGCUCUCACUCACACAUCACUUCUGAGACAAGCUAGUGGAGUCAUGGCUGAUGCGUCAAUGCAGCUUCUUCAUCGCACAUUACGAGCCAUUCUUGAUUUCUCCUCCGAGUACAGAAAACAGCUAAAUGAACUAAUUAGUCUUCUAGAAUACUGCACAGCUACUUUGAGAAACCCAAUACAACAUGAUGAGUUCUGGGACCUGCUUGUGGCUGGGAGGUCUGAAAUGGACUCACUAAAACAACAACUCAAGGACCUCAGUAUCCUCAUGUCAUAUGCUUAUGCUGGUCUAGAAAGUGCUGCAAUGGCUGCUUUUAUAAAUGGGAUUGAGUGCACAGCAUCAUCAGCCCAACAAGCCAUAGACAGUGCCAAAGUAGAGUUGGAGACCAAUGCUGCAGAGAAUCUGGCUUUAGAAAUGCAGUAUAACAAUGCCUAUGCACAGUAUAUUGAGGCUUCACAGAAAAUGCUUGAAGAGAUGGAAGCAGCCCAGGAAGAGGAAGGUUCUGUUAAGGAUGAGGAAAAAGCGAAUGAAAAUGAGGAGAGAUGACAAGCAGAAGACAGAAGUUCUAGUUAGGUUUCAGCAAUUUAAAAUCACUGAGGAUUGAAGUUUAAGUUUAGACAUCUCAACGUCUUGGUGGCAAAUAUUGUAGACUUUACCACAGGUAGAAUAUGUAUAAAAUAAAGCUCUAAGUUUC